AAAAUUUAAUACAAAAACAAUAAAGAAAAAUAAAACCAACAUCCUGCGUCGACGCUGAGAUCCAAAUCCUCACUCUUUCUUCGAUCGUCUUGAUUCAGAAAAGUCGGAACUCCGGCAAGCCAAUCGGAAUAUUCUGUCAAAUCGGUUGUGCUCGGUCUAUCCCAUUCCAGUUUCGUCCUGAAAUUUCCCGGCGUGAAGGUUUAAACCCUGACCCAAUAAUGAACCCCUUUUCUUCCGGUACCCGUCUAAGGGACAUGAUCCGAUCUAUACGAGCAUGCAAGACAGCGGCCGAGGAGCGUGCUGUUGUAAGAAAAGAGUGUGCAGAUAUCCGUGCAUCCAUUAACGAAGAUGAUCCACAUUAUAGGCAUCGUAACCUUGCAAAGCUCAUGUUCAUACACAUGCUGGGUUACCCAACACACUUUGGGCAGAUGGAAUGCUUGAAAUUGAUUGCUUCUGCUGGGUUUCCCGAGAAAAGGAUCGGAUAUCUUGGCCUAAUGUUGCUUCUUGAUGAGAGACAAGAAGUCUUGAUGUUGGUCACGAACUCAUUGAAGCAAGAUCUUAACCACUCAAACCAGUAUGUUGUAGGACUUGCCCUUUGUGCUUUAGGAAACAUUUGUUCAGCAGAAAUGGCGCGUGAUCUUGCACCAGAAGUGGAAAGACUACUCCAGUUUCGUGACCCAAAUAUUCGUAAAAAGGCAGCACUGUGCUCCGUUAGAAUAGUGAGGAAAGUUCCCGAUCUUGCAGAAAACUUUGUAAAUACUGCUGCUUCAUUACUGAAAGAAAAGCAUCAUGGAGUUCUCAUAACAGGAGUUCAACUUUGUUAUGAGCUAUGUAAAAUCAGUGAUGAAGCUCUCGAAUACUUUAGAAAGAGAUGUACUGAAGGCCUGGUAAAAACUUUGAGGGAUAUUGCAAAUAGUUCAUAUCAGCCAGAGUAUGAUGUUGCGGGGAUCACAGAUCCUUUUCUUCACAUACGACUGCUUAAACUCCUGCGAGUUUUGGGCCAGGGUGAUGCUGAUGCUAGUGAUCUGAUGACUGACAUACUUGCCCAGGUGGCAACAAAAACAGAGUCAAAUAAAAAUGCGGGAAAUGCCGUUCUUUAUGAAUGUGUUGACACGAUCAUGGGCAUUGAAGACACUAGUAGCUUGCGUGUGCUUGCUAUCAAUAUCUUGGGAAAGUUCCUAUCUAAUCGUGACAAUAAUAUCAGAUAUGUUGCAUUGAACAUGUUGAUGAAAGCAAUCUCAUUCGAUGACCAAGCAGUGCAAAGGCACAGAGCUACAAUAUUGGAAUGUGUUAAGGAUUCGGAUGCCUCUAUUCGGAAAAGAGCACUUGAGCUUGUAUAUCUUUUGGUAAACGAGAAUAAUGCCAAGCAACUGGCUAAGGAGCUAAUUGAUUAUUUGGAAGUCAGUGACCAAGAAUUUAAGGAGGAUCUCUGUGCAAAAAUUUGCUCUAUCGUUGAAAGGUUUUCUCCAGAAAAAAUCUGGUACAUUGAUCAGAUGCUCAAGGUUUUGUCCGAGGCUGGAAAUUUUGUGAAAGAUGAUGUGUGGCAUGCACUUAUUGUCGUGAUAAGCAAUGCAUCUGAACUUCAUGGAUAUACAGUCAGGGCGUUGUACAGAGCACUCAUGACAUAUUCAGAACAGGAAACUCUUGUUCGAGUAGCUAUAUGGUGCAUUGGAGAAUACGGUGAUCUGUUGAUCAACAACGGGGGGAUGCUUAAUAUUGAAGAUCCUAUAACAGUAGCUGAAAGCGAUGCAGUAGACGUUGUUGAGGCUGCUAUUAAACGUCACAACUCAGAUAUGACUACAAGAGCAAUGGCUUUGGUUUCUCUGUUGAAGCUCUCAUCCCGUUUCCCAUCUUGCUCGGAGAGGAUUAAAGACAUAAUCGCAAAGCAGAAAGGCAGCCUUCUCCUGGAAUUGCAGCAGAGGGCUAUUGAAUUCAAUUCUAUUAUUGAGAGGCAUAAGAAUAUCAGGUCUUCUCUUGUCGAGAGAAUGCCGGUACUGGAUGAGGCGACCUUCAAUGGAAGGAGGGCUGGCUCUCUACCUACAUCGGUUUCAUCAACCAGCAAGCCUUCGGUUAAUCUUCCAAAUGGUGUCACCAAACCUUAUGCAUCUCCUCUCGUGGACUUACUGGACCUGAGUUCUGACGAUGUUCCAGCAGCAACUAGUUCAUCUGGUGGAGAUUUCCUUCAAGAUCUUCUUGGUGUUGACUUAGGUUCAUCCGCUGCACUAUCAAUUUCAGACCAAACCCAAGCUCCAAAAGCAGGGACAGAUCUAUUGCUGGAUCUUCUGUCAAUUGGAUCGCCUCCUGUUGCACAGAACAGUUCAGCAUCUCCUGAUCUCUUGUCAGCUGCUAAGGACAAUAAUAAAUCCUCUGCUGCCUUGUUGGAUGUACUUUCAUCACCCACUCCACCCUCAUCAACACCGGCCGUGCCUGCUGGUAUGGUUGAUUUGUUGGAUGGCCUUUCUGCAAACCCAUCAAAGCAGGAGGAAAAGGGUUCAUCAUAUCCACCUGUUGUCAUCUAUGAGAGCAGCUCCGUGAAAAUUGAGUUCUGCUUUUCGAAGACACCUGGGAAUCCACAGACGACAAACAUCCAGGCUACUUUUGUUAAUUUAUCUCCAAAUACUUGCACAGAUUUUCUUUUCCAGGCCGCUGUUCCAAAGUUCCUCCAGCUGCAUUUGGAUCCAGCUAGCAGUAACACACUCCCCGCAAGUGGCAACGGUGCCAUCACACAGAAUCUAAGAGUCACUAACAGCCAGCACGGAAAGAAAUCCCUUGUUAUGCGUAUAAGGAUGGGGUACAAGGUGGAUGGAAAGGAUGUACUUGAAGAAGGACAGAUCAACAACUUCCCUCGUGGGUUAUGAGCACAGGAUUUGAUACUUACAGCUCCAUGGCCGAGUUUUUCUAUCAACCAAGUUAAGAAGAUGGUCCGGCUUCUAUCUGUUAUUGCGUCAAGAACAUCAUUCUCAUUCCAAUUCUUCAAUCGGCUCGAGAAACAGGUAUGGGCGUGUUGUUUGGGUUUUGAGUUGUAGGGUUUUUGUUCAUCAAAAAGAAAGUUCCAAACUUUGCGGUCGGAAAGUGAUAUGAGGAGAUGAGAUUUGCAGAAGCUCCGUAUUGUUCCUUAGUCAUGUCUGAAACAAGAUGGUGUAACCUUUGUAUUCAGUCACCCACAGUUUGGUCUUGCAAAACAAAAUUUUGGAUUUUGGGAUUACAUCAUAGUUCCCCUUUUAUGUAAUUCGUCCCAAAUGAUUUUGUGGUGA